UGCGUCUGGUCUUUGAAACCGGGCGCCAGUCCGUGCCGAAGAUGCGUUCAGAGUGGCAUACGUUGCAUCUUGCCGGAGCUGCAUCCUCGUAGGCGAAGAGGACCAUCUAAGAGAGUAGGACAACUCGAGGAGAAGCUUGAUGGAAUCCUGUCGCUGCUAAAUGGAAGCCAGAUGGGCCAGCAAUUCAUACAGCAGAAUAGUCCGAGCUCCCCCAAGGAUCCUAAAAAUAUCCGAUUAAAAUCACGUUCUAGUUUGGAAGCCAUCAAACAGAAAGAAAUGGAUUCUCAGGCACCUGCGAGAGCUGUGUCAUCGUUUUCUCCAGUCUUCGAUCACACAGAAUCAACACCGGGUCAAUAUAUCGAGAUUGUUCCGGGGUUCAGGAUGACCCUUAACGAGGCUGAUAAAGCCCUCAAUCUGUACCGAUCUUUCUAUACUUCAUACUUCCCCUUCGUCCCUAUCCCCGUCACAAUGACAGCAUUAGAGAUGGAUAGCGAAACUCCGUUCCUGCUCCGUACCAUUCUACAGGUAACAGCGCCGGUGAAUCAUACGAUACAGAAAAAGGUUCAGACUUGGUUUCGGGAGCACAUUGCACAGCAUGUGUUAGUAGAGGGUGAGAGACGGCUGGAAGUCUUACAAGCCAUUAUAGUGUUUGUUGCAUGGGGCGAUUUCCAAUUCUACAUUGAGCCUCAAGCAACUGACUUACUUCAGCUCUCUGAGGCAAUUAUGCUCGACCUCGGUUUGAACAGGCCUCCUGGGUCACUAGGCGGCGCAGUGCGGCUAUCCUUCGUCCCAGAAGCGACCCGGAAGCUGCGACUUGGGCACAAGAGGGAAAGUCACAAUCUUGAUGACAAGCGGACCAUGUUGGGAUGCUACUAUAUCAACUCGUUAAUAGCGACCUUGUUCCGGAGGAUACGAUGUUUCGGAAACACGCCUUACCUCACACGCUGCUGUGAAGCUGUUUUAGAAGCACAGGAGUAUGAAUCAGAUCAACUUCUUGUCUCUCUUGUUCGCAUGCAACGCCUUCUCGCGCGCAUCUCUGACUCCUUUCCUGGACCCGAUGUCGACGAGACUCCAGGACCUUUCCUCGAUGCACCUCUCCACAUGGUCAUGGCGACCACCAGGAAGGAAAUAGAUGCUCUAGUUCAGAGCCAGCCCCCAGAGGUUAAAAAUAACGCUCUCUUUUGGAUCCACUACUAUGGAGUCCUCAUCAGGCUCUAUGAGCCAGCUAUUCAUAUGCAGCCUUUGCUCACAUCGGGCAAUCCGCUCGAGUCAACACACCGCACCGAGGCCCUCUGGGGCUGCCUACAAGCAGCCAAAGACUUUUUCGUCGCGUACACCGCAAUCCCCCUUGCAAAGUUGGGCUCGAUGCCAUUGAUGCCUACCACAUACCUGUCCUUCGCCUUUGUGACUUCAAGCAGGAUCCUUUUGCUUGACGAUUCAGACUGGAGUGCCCAUCUGGCUCGCAAGACCUUUGACUUCGCUACUGCGUGUCAGAGCUUGAGUGACCGCCUCUACGAGGCUGACCGGUUGGCACAGGUGGUUGGGGGGAGAAGAAAAUUCGAUGACGCUGGGAAAUCGGUCCUUUACUCAACCUGUAUGAAGGUCCAGUGGAUUCGAGAGUGGUACACAGCAAAAACGUCCCUAGCCGAUGACCGCACAAACACGGCUCCAACAUCUUUAUCAACGAAUCAAGCCAUGGAUCUAGACCAGUCUCUGCAAGAAUCAUCGUUCGUGCCUAUUGAGUUAGACCAAGAGUUUUGGCAAGUUCUGCUUGACCUGAAUGGGACAAGCACAUGGAGUGGUUAAGGUUUCUGGGUUAUAUACUAGAUAAGCUAUUAAACUUAACGGAUGUUCGUUGGAAUCGCAUGGAUGGUCGGUCUUGCUGUCUUGUGAGUUAUUCUUAAUAUUAUGAUUGAAUAUGCAUUUUUCUGGCUGGAG